CCUUUGAGGUUCUAAGAAAAGAGGCAACCUCUGUCGUAAAUACGUAUCCGUUAGACAUGUUUUAAGAAAUAACAUUUCUGAUAUAUUUUUCUAGAGAGGAAAUGUAGCCACAAGUUGUUUUCGCUAAGAAGUCCGAGCUUUAUCUUAGUACAUGAACGCAUCACGUCGGGCGCACGCAGCUGAAGCGGGACGAAAACAUGCGCUGAAGAUUUUACUAACCACACAAACCUCCAAAAUGUGGACUGAGACGCAAAACAACAGCAAAUUGAUCUCCAGCAGCGUGAACACUUCGAGGAUGGGUGACCCAGAUCUGACAUGGCAGGCUUUACAGGUUCUACAGAGAAAUGGCUCGACCGCAGCAGCCGCUCGUCCAUCAAGUGCAGAAGAUGACGUGAACAAUGGAAUCAUUCCAGGAGCCAUUGCAGCCGCCUUGUUCAUUGUGUUGUUACUGGGCCUGUACGCCGUGCUUUGGAAGUGCAUGGUGUCACCACCGCAAAGAAAGCGCCGGAAGGUGAGAGCAAGAGUUCAUCAAACAACACUAGUGUGAAGACUGGAAAUUGGAAUAAAAAUACAAUGGUAUUUUCUUCUGCGGCAACAACACAGAAACGCAUUCAUGUUAGGCCAAGUUCAGCUGAGUGCCCCCCCCGCCCCUUUUUUUUUUUUUAAACUUAGCUUCUUCUACAUGAGGAUCCUAAUUUGCCUGCUGUUUUUUUCUGCUCUAUGAGCUCUGCACUAAUGAAAAGGGAGCCAUAUUACUUGGCCACUCACUCCUUCAGGAACAAAUAAGUUAAGUAUGUGUAUGUGUGUGUGUUUAGUAGCUUCCUUCAAAAAACCUUAAAUCGCACAAGUUCAAGGAUAAUUAAAGCAAAUUGCUAGAAUUGAAACUUUCCUUGGGUUGCUUUAACUACUGUACAAUGUGGACAUUUUGUAAUAAACUGUGACAUUUUGUAGUGGACUGUGAACCUCUGUGAAAAUGUGGACGAGAAGGUCCAUUUUCCAUCUGCCUAAUACAGUACUUGGUUUUAUCUUCUGAUGGUCCUUAAAGUGCUACUUUAAAUUAUGAUUUGGCCCA